AUGGCCAGUCCACGUACUCGGCGUGUGCUCAGCGACCUCAAACCCAAAGACGAAAACAAUUACUGCUUUGAGUGCAAUGCUCUCAACCCGCAAUGGGCCUCAGUCUCCUACGGCAUUUGGAUUUGUCUCGACUGCUCGGGCAAGCACAGAGGUCUUGGCGUUCAUCUGAGCUUCGUUCGGUCGGUUACGAUGGACAAGUGGAAGGACGUCGAGCUGCAGAAGAUGAAGCUCGGCGGAAAUCGUAAAGCAAGAGAAUUUCUAGAAUCUCAAAGCGACUGGAAUCCCAACUACUCACUCUCUGACAAGUACAACACUCGCGCAGCUGCAUUAUACCGCGACAAACUAUCUUCCGAAGCUCGAGGCGAAGUGUGGUCCGAGCAAACUUCAUCGGCUUCCAAGUACGUUCCGAAGAAGAUCAUCGCCAGCUCAUUAAGCUCAAAUACCUCAUCAAGUGGGAACAACUCGAGCAAAGUUGAUUUUGACAGCAACGAAUGGGAAUCCAACAGCUAUCAAAGUGGAAACGCCAACAACUACUCCGGGUUCGGCUACAACGCUAGAGAGCCCCCAACGGAGAACAACCCCUGGUCUUCGUUUUCAUCCACCUUCACCAACAUUACUUCCAAUGCUACUCGUAUUCUCUCUCAAGCUGGAUCAGUGGCUGGCCAAAAAGUGAGCGAAAUUAGUAGUAAUGUUAAUGAGAAACUCAAGGAUGGAAACACCAUGAAUGAAAUUCAAACUCAGGUGACCGGCAUCGGCUCAAAGGUGGCCGACUUUAGUCGGAAAGGCUGGCAGGACAUUUCGACGUUUUUCAACAAGAAGGUCUCCUCGUACAACGAUCCAAACGAGUCCUCGAUGCCCUCUUCGCAGAGCUACGCCAACUUUGGCAACAGUAGCUACCAAAAUGAAGACAUGCCUCGAUCGAAUACCUCGGCAUCACUUUCCAACGGGCGAGGAGGCAACUCCACCAAACAGUACAACUCUUCGGGCAACACCAAAGACUGGGAAAACUGGUGA